GUCUUCAGAGAGUAUUCACAUUACGCGAUCAUUUUAAGGGCGAACCAAUCAAACAACAAAUUCAUACAAAUUGAUACUAAACUGUUUAUAUUAAAUUUUAUAACAAAAAUUAAGUGUGCAAAUAAGUUUGUAUCGCGUCGGUAAUUAAAACUAAUUGGGUUUAAUACAACGAUAAUUAUUUUGUAUUAAUACCUCGUUCGGAGCGAGUUUGGAGACUGAGUUUUUUUUUUUUUUUUCAAAACGGAAAAUGACCUUUCGCCGUCGCUAAUGGAGGGAAGUGCUCAGUGAUUAUAUUUUGCUUUAGAAUUGUUCUUGUGUGGUGUUUAAAAGAUGGCGGCAUAGGGGGCGGCCAGGGUUGGCCCUUUGAGGCCAUGCUCAACAACCUCACCGCGACAGCCCUCGGAGCAGGUCACAAAGAGUCGUGCCAAGAGGACAGCAAGCCGCACGAGAUAAAGCCGAGUCUAGAUCGGCCGCACCAUGCGCUGGGCGUCCGGCUGCACGCGGCACACAACGUCCGCCCAGAACACUUACAGGGUGGGAUCCACCAGCAGCACAGCGGAGGGCACAUGUCCACCGUCCCGGUCAGCAUGUCCUCAUCAGCAUCAGACAGCGACAAGCCAGCCAAGCAGAAGAGGCACAGAACGAGGUUCACGCCGGCACAACUGAACGAGCUGGAGAGAUGCUUCUCCAAGACUCACUACCCUGACAUCUUCAUGAGAGAAGAGAUCGCUAUGAGGAUCGGCCUCACCGAAAGCCGAGUCCAGGUCUGGUUCCAGAACAGACGGGCGAAGUGGAAAAAGCGCAAGAAGAGCACCAAUGUGUUUAGAUCUCCAGGAGCGUUGCUUCCUUCACACGGCUUACCACCGUUCGGGGCUGGGGACGUCUGUGGACCUGGUGUCUUUGCAGACAGACCUUGGUCGAUGCCCGCUGGUCUUGGGCAACUAUCGCAGUCGGGAGUGUCUAUGGGAGGUUUCGGUGCGGGCACCCUGCCGCAGCUCGCCGCGGACCUGAACCCCUCGCUCCCCAUCAGCUCAGUGGCGUCGGGACAACCUUACCAGGGACACUAUCCGCUGAACUCUUUAGGAGACACGAUGAUGUCCUACUGCAACAACAUAGCGAGCGGACAACAGGCCUUGGAGGGCUCCCCCACCCCCCCGCACAUGGGACACUGCGCCAACAACAACGCGUCGCCUGACGCUUCAGAGCUGCGCGGGGCGGGGGGCGGCGGGGAGUGCGAGGCGGAGGCGUGGCGCGGACACAGCAUCGCCGCGCUGCGCCGCCGCGCCUCCUCGCUCUCGCACAUCCCGCCCUACCUCCAGCUCAACUACGACGCGCACAGCCCGGUCUACUGAGGGCCGCCCGCAGGUCCCUGCUGCUCCAAGCGACACCAAGUCGUCCUACGAUGAUCGACUCCAACAGCUCAGACGUCGAUACCAGGCACUACAAGAAUCACUUCUUUGAACUAGUAAAAUCAAUGAAGUUUGUUCACACUAAACAGUAUCUAUUAGUAACAGUAUCUAGUAAUAUUAAGGCCUGUUCACUUUUUUUUUCCUACUUAAGCGGAGCGCCUUGUGAGUGUAUUUCAGCGUAACCUUAACUAGUAGGUGAGCUCACGGGGCUCAAACCUGAGUGAUGCUAACACGAACCCUAGCAAGAGCCGUGCUUCGCAAAAUCUACCACCGAAUCGGAAACGCGACCCACUGAGAAGAUCCGGCGAGAAACUCAGUGGGCUGUGUCUGAGGGCCUGUUCACAUAAACUAAGUCCUGGUUGAGCUUGUCAAUCCCGGCGCGAUGCGUUCUACUGAACAAAUUGCAGAUUAUCAAAUAACUACGAGACGCAUAGCUUAGUCUUACACUAACUUAUCUGGUUUCUUUUCAACUAUACUAAGUAUUCUUUUAGGAUUUUCAUGGAUAAUAUUGAAGUCAUUACUAACAAUAAUGGUCUCAUUGGUCCUAUGGUCUAUCCAUCCUUAUCUUGUACCUAUCACAUCGCCCUUAGCGUUCUGUUGUACUUCAUAGGGUCUCAUUUAGUUUGUGCGUGCCAAAGCUGAAUUAGGUACUCGAUCAGAUUUUGACCCCGUAUCACAAACGAACUAAAUGUAAGGAGAGGCCUGGGGAAAUUGGAUUUUAAAAAUAACCUCAAUUUUACUGUAUUAAGAAAAUAGUUAAUUAUUGCGUGCUUAUAUCAUACCUGGUAAGAGAUCUCGUGGACGAGUCCCCAUGCGUUGGCCUGAUCAGGUGAAAGACCUUACUAAAACCCCACUUAACGAGUGUGUGCGCCGGGCCUCGGUUCGCAAACUAUGGAAGACAUCUGUCAAGGCUUUAAUAAGCAAGCAUUUCACAUGUCCACGACUGCUCUGCCAAGAGCAACCGAUUAUGAUUAUGAUGAUAUCCACUGAGGUCUCUCCUGGCUGGGUGCUUUGGCUGUCUAAGAUACUCGAAAGUGGAUUUUUGGCUCUUGGUUUACGGUAAAAAUGAAAUAUGUAUACAGUGAAACAGAACUACUUAAAUACGUACUGUGCUAAUUCCAAGUCCUUCGUAAUGGUCGCGGCGGCAGCUCCCUUCAUUGUUCUCUAUAAAAAUAUGUUGCAACAUUAUUCAUUUGACAAAUUUUGAACAAGUAGACACAUGCAUUUUACGUAUAGAUUGUGCCACUUAUAUUAUUACAAAUACGAAAAAGUAUUUAUCAUACUUUACGAUCAGGACUGAUAGAGCUGCUACAAAAAACAUUACGUUAUUCAUUUUUGAAAUAAUCAGAGUUAAAAAUUAAUUUAAAGCCAAAUAUCACGUUCACUCCGGCUAUGCAAAAUUCAUAUCUACAUACAACGUACCUAGUAUUUCUUGAUAUUUACCUAAUACGUUAAGUGAUAUUAGUAAAACUGAUCUUAUCUUAAUCUUCUAUUACUUAAACUCAUAUUUCGUACUCCAAUGAAUCCUGUCGCCAUUUUGUUGUGCUAGUCACGAAGUAGGGUGACAAUGUCGUAACUAAUAAAUUAUAGGAUAUGAAAAUCGUGAGCUGUAUUCCACAAUGUAUACGCGUUGGUACAAUAAUUAACACUUAACAUUAAUCUAAAUUUAAAUUAAUUAAAGUAUUACUUAGUAAUUAAGGUAAUUUUUAUGCGUGUAUUUUGCCUGUGUAUAUAUCUUAAUUGAUCAUAAAUAUACAUAAUAUUAGAGAAUUCAAUAAAGUAUGGUAACAGUGUAAGUUUAAGUUUUGUUUUGUUGUUAUUUUGUGUGUCACAAAGUGUCGUUAUUUCUAUUUUAAUUGUAUUUAUUUUUAUUUAAAGCAAUAUUAAACUUCAAAUAUACCAUAGGUACCUGUAUAAUAAGAUACUUUUUUUUGUACAAAUUGACGAGCAUGCAUUUAUAAAUCAUUAAGAUUAUUAUAGCCAAAGUAGUGGUGUGAAAUAAACGCAUUGCAGACUCAAAUAAAUAGGUACCUACUUACUUAUGUUACUUGAACUGAAUUAUUAAAAUGAAUGAAUCUUUCAUUCCUCUUCAGGUUUAAAGGUGUUAGCCGACGUUAAAUAAUGCAGGUUCAUCGAUUGAAGCGUGUUGGUUUCAAGUAAAAUACACCGAGAAGUUUUAAUAUGUAAUUGAAUUAUUUAUGUAUGAUUUUUCUUAACGUUAAAAAGGUCCGUUUGGCGCCUUUUAUUACAUUAUUUUGUACGUUCCCCUUGCGAACACUACGCAGCCGCCAUCUUCUCGUAUACGGAUAUCAUUAAGGCUAGCUCGUAACUGUAUAGAUAGGUGCAUAUUUAAUUUUAAUAACUCGGAAACUCACGGCCACUGACCUUAACUUAGACUUUUCAUUGUAAUGUUCUUAUUUAAUUAAAAGUGGUUGACAGUUCCUAUGUUUAUUUUGCAAUCGUUCUGUGACCCUUAGUCGUGCGCUUUAUACAUUUGAUGCUCAACUUGACUCAUUCGUGAACAUAUGUGAGUGUAUUCACGGAACCCGGUUAAAGUCUUGUCAGCAAUAAUAUCAGCGUCUCUUUUAGUUUUCGAUUAGAAGUAUAUGGGGCUCAGUGCUGAGCUGGUGAAUAACCUCGUAGCACCACAUAACAUUCCACUGGAGCAGUCGUUCACGGCUGGGUGAUAGACAGAAAAUAUACUACAUACCUAUAUAUACGAACAUUCGGUUCAAUACAUGUAAUCAAAACAUUUCUAAAUAUAUCGUCAUACACUACAUGCAAGAUAUCUACCCUAGGGAUUCACUAAAAGUGUGCCUCUGUGCAGGGCUCGCGAUAUUGACGGUUCCAUCCCGGAGAUGAAUAAUUGACACGUUGUAUAGAAACUGUGUACUUAGUGCGAGUUUUUUAACGUUAUCGAUAGCGUAAAAGUUAACUCAAACUUGUAUGCAGCUGGAACAGCGCCCCUAGCGGCAAAUGCAGGCAAACGUUCCAACUCCAUACAAAUUGAGUUAACUUUUACGCUAUCGAGAACAUUUAAAAACUCACACUAAACACACUAGCUUUUAAAUGACGAAUGCUUACAAACUAUAAUCUUUAUUCAAGAAGCACUUUUAAGCUUCGGUGGCGUUAGUAUCCUUAAAUAGAAGCCCGUGACGGCAGAACCGCGGAGCUAACACGUGCAAAAUACGAAUUAGGUAAAGAGAAAUAAGAGAAGAUACCAUCACUACCGAUCGAUGAGCAACAGCGUCGUACUGAUACUUACUAUUACUAGUCGGACAGAAUGCUAACAUUAAGACAGUCGAACCAGUAGGUGAUUAACAGAAAUAAUUGAAAGGAAAAAAUGGCGAAUCAAUUCUCGGCCAACACCUAGUCAACACAGAAUAAAAUCAUAUCGACGGGUGAAAAGCUAUUUAAUAUAAGCGACAUUUUGACGUGACAACGUCUUAUAAUUGAAUACAUAUGAAAAUGCUCGGAAUUAAAUUAAUAAAAAUAACAAUUUUGUUUUCCCUUUGAUAUGUCCCCUGUCGGACGGAUUCGUUUUUUGUACAAAAGUUUAGGUCUUUUAUUUAUCGUUUGAGGCACUACGAAGUCUGCCGGGUCUUCUUUCUGGUCGUUCCCUCAAUGCUGAGGAUCGUGACUGUAUGUCAAUCUUCUCCACUCGGUCAGCUAGUACUAAAUAAAACGCACCUUUAAUUACAAAGAUAAAUGACGCGUGUUGAACGAAAAGUCGCUUAAACCAAAUGCCCUUUCACUCCUCGAUAUAACUAUUUCACAGUUAAAAACAAUUGUAUUUAUUGCAGUAAGUAACUAAUUUAAUCACGUUACUAGCUGAGCUAUGACUAUGACCGGGUAUUUUGUUUACAAACGCAAUAUUCAAAUGAACAUUUAAUUCAUACAACAUUAGUAAAAAUCGUGUUUCCGUCCUUUUUCGAGCACCGUACAUUAAAUGAGGCCUAUAAAAUCAAAGGCAGCUAAACGCCAUAAUGUCGUAAAAUGGAUUAACAAUGGCGCUAUCUUGUUUAAUUAGUUGGACACGCUUUAGUGUUUUCAUGUUAUAACAAAUGCAGCUCUAACAAAUUCAGUUCAAAAAUUUUAUUUUUACUAAGUACUAAUAAACGAAGUUUUAUCAUUUAAAAUUCAGAUUAUUAGUAAUACACUCAUUCUUUAUAAAUCUGCUCUAAAAUAAAGAAUAUCGUAGCUAUCCGAACAAAGUUAUUUCAGCUUCUCAAACCGGAGUGUUGCUAACACUGGCCCUAGCAAGAGCAGUACUUCGAUGGAUCGAGAGGAUCCGUAAUGACGUGUUUAGGGCCGAUUUUUGUAGUUUACCUGAAUAUUUGACAGACUUGGAUAUAGCUGCCUUUGAUUUUAUAGGCCUCAAAUAUCGUUCUGUUGGCGUGUAGCUGAGGGCGGACUAUUUAAUUACCAUGAUCAAGAAUAUAAACCAAAGCUAGAAUUCAUUUGGUUGAAUAAAAAUAUCCUAUUUUAUUUUAGGAUCAUGGUUACAGUAUUCCUUUACGCCGUUGCUUCAUAUAUUUUCUUAUUCUAAAGAACUGAGUGAAAUGACUAGAUUUAAUAAAUGAAAUUGGUAUUUUAAUCAUUAUAACCGCGAGUUUUUUUUUCUUAUAGCUCGCCAUGUACUAUGUAUAGCCAAUUAGUAUACUGUGUUAGUUUGUAAGUAUUAUUAUACAUACGUACAAUAAAUAGACAAUGUUCAA